AUGCCGGGAGUCGACCGCUCCAUCAUCUCUCACCGACUCGUAGUAGACCCCAGCCACCGACCCGUGAUCCAGAAAAAGCGAUACCUGGCUAACGAUCGAAGAGAAUUCGUGAAGAAGGAAGUCAGCACGCUCUUAGCUGCUGGCCACAUCCGAGAAGUAAAGUAUCCAGAUUGGUUUCCCAACCUGGUGCUGGUGCCAAAACCACCGGCCUGGAGGAUGUGUGUAGAUUACACCGACCUCAACAAGGCAUGUCCGAAGGAUCCCUUUCCUCUACCCCGAAUCGAUCAGCUUGUCGACAAGACCGCGGGGUCGGCCCUGUUGAGUUUUAUGGAUGCCUUCCGAGGUUACCACCAGAUAUACAUGCACAAAGCUGACGAGGAGAAGACAGCCUUCAUCACCUCGGACGGGGUAUACUGCUACCAGGUGAUGCCAUUCGGGCUCAAGAACGCAGGGGCUACCUACACCCGAAUGGUCGCUCAGCUGUUCCAGGGUCUGCUGGGGAAGUCUAUGGCGGCAUACGUCGACGACAUGCUAGUCAAGAGUCCGGAAGUGUCAGAUCAUGCUCAAAACUUGGCCGAGUGCUUUCAAGUAAUGCUUAAGUACAAUCUACGGCUUAAUCCCAUAAAGUGCGCCUUUGCCGUCCAAGGAGGAAAAUUUUUGGGAUACAUGUAA